AUGGGCGGUAGUCAGUCAGCGACGAGUUCCCGAGCAGCCAAGUUCAGUGGGAACGGAGCCAGCAGAAGGAGUGUUCGUUCGACUCGAAGUGCUCCGGCCACCGAGUUGAACGCCCGUCGUGCCACGUCAUGCAGGAAUACCAACAGAAACGUAAAAGAAUUCUCAAAAUUCUGGUCGGACGCCGGAUCCGUGAGCCGAUCCAAAUCCUCAAACAGAGCUUCGACCAAGCGUCCGAACGGAACAACCAACGGAGUAAGCAUAAGAAGGAACCGAACGCAGUGUAAGUGAAAAGCGUCUUUUGAUUUUCAUCUUUUGACCUUCACUUUUUCAGCCGUUGACGUCCGCAGAACCAGUAAUUGUCUGCCCAUCCCUGGAACUCCGAGCAAUUGCUCAGCCAGCCCUCGAAUCAACCCACGUAGAUCCGCGAGCUUCAGAAGUAACGCAUCUGUUGUCUCAUCCACGUUGUCGGUCAACGGAGAAAGAAGAAAGUCUCGAAAUGGGAGCACCUGCGAAUUGACUCUAAACUCUGGAAGAUCUGAAGUUUACUCUGCCGAGGUGAGGGUGUUCUGAAUGUUUGAAGGAAACAGAUUCUGUCAGUUUCAGUUCAACCAAGCUGCCAUCGCGGCCGCCCGUCUCAAACGUCUCUCACUGACACCGUACCCAGUGGAACCUAUUCAUUCUCAUCACCGCAGCUCUCCUUCUCCUCAAUCCGUUCAUCAAAAUCGUCAGCACAAUCACUAUCAUCAGCGGCCACCUUAUCAAAAGUCUCCGGAAACUGCAAUUUAUUGA